UGGUUGUCCAAUCAUUUGGUUAUGGAACAUUCUAAAACUUAGACAAGACGAUUGUGAUUGGCUGAAGGGCAUACGCCCUCCUCCAGGGUGACGUGUCUGCCUAUGGAUAUCAGUUGCCAGAGAAACCUGGCUUUACUUAUGGCGGUUGGAGGAACGGCAGUGAUCACACGUCGGCUGCUGGGAAGAUCUGGAUUCUCGUUUCAGGUCACCAUCAGAAAAGCUAAGUUUGCUGUAUAGUGAGGAUCAGGAGGUCUGAUCCUGAUUGCAGAACCUUCCCUGAUUACAGAAUCUUGGGAUUGUUGAGAGGAUUACAUGUAAAGUACCAGGACAGUGCAUGGCACAUAUGAUUUCACAAAAGUUCAUCUUCAUUGCAGAUACCUGCCUUUCUUUCUAGGUUGUAUCUCCCACUUCACCCUUCUAGACCAUCCCAGAAGAUCUAUAAGAUUUCAUCUGGGAAAUCACUAGGAGUUCUUGGAAGGGAAAGAAGGAAGAUUGUUGGUUGGAAUAAAAACAGGGUUGAAUGAGUUCCAGAAAGCAGGGUUCUCAACCUCGUGGACAGCAAUCUGCAGAAGAAGAGAACUUCAAAAAACCAACUAGAAGCAACAUGCAGAGAAGUAAGAUGAGAGGGGCCUCCUCGGGAAAGAAGACAGCUGGUCCACAGCAGAAAAAUCUUGAACCAGCUCUCCCAGGAAGAUGGGGGGGUCGCUCUGCAGAGAAUCCCCCUUCAGGAUCCGUGAGGAAGACCAGAAAGAACAAACAGAAGACUCCUGGAAACGGAGAUGGUGGCAGUACCAGCGAAGCACCUCAGCCCCCUCGGAAGAAAAGGGCCCGGGCAGACCCCACUGUUGAAAGUGAGGAGGCGUUUAAGAAUAGAAUGGAGGUUAAAGUGAAGAUUCCUGAAGAAUUAAAACCAUGGCUUGUUGAGGACUGGGACUUAGUUACCAGGCAGAAGCAGCUGUUUCAACUCCCUGCUAAGAAAAAUGUAGAUGCAAUUCUGGAGGAGUAUGCAAAUUGCAAGAAGUCGCAGGGAAAUGUUGAUAAUAAGGAAUAUGCGGUUAAUGAAGUUGUGGCAGGAAUAAAAGAAUAUUUCAAUGUGAUGUUGGGCACUCAGCUGCUCUACAAAUUUGAGAGGCCCCAGUAUGCUGAAAUCCUCUUGGCUCACCCUGAUGCUCCAAUGUCUCAGGUUUAUGGAGCACCACACCUACUGAGAUUAUUUGUAAGAAUUGGAGCAAUGUUGGCCUAUACGCCCCUUGAUGAGAAAAGCCUUGCAUUAUUGUUGGGCUAUUUGCAUGAUUUCCUAAAAUAUCUGGCAAAGAAUUCUGCAUCUCUCUUUACUGCCAGUGAUUACAAAGUGGCUUCUGCUGAGUACCACCGCAAAGCCCUGUGAGCGUCUACAGACAGCUCACCAUUUUUGUCCUGUAUCUGUAAACACUUUUUGUUCUUAGUCUUUUUCUUGUAAAAUUGAUGUUCUUUAAAAUCGUUAAUGUAUAACAGGGCUUAUGUUUCAGUUUGUUUUCUGUUCUGUUUUAAACAGAAAAUAAAAGGAGUGUAAGCUCCUUUUCUCAUUUCAAAGUUGCUACCAGUGUAUGCAGUAAUUAGAACAAAGAAGAAACAGUAGAACAUUUUAUUGCCUAGUUGACAACAUUGCUUGAAUGCUGGUGGUUCCUAUCCCUUUGACACUACACAAUUUUCUAAUAUGUGUUAAUGCUACGUGACAAAACGCCCUGAUUCCUAGUGCCAAAGGUUCAACUUAAUGUAUAUACCUGAAAACCCAUGCAUUUGUGCUCUUUUUUUUUUUAUGGUGCUUGAAGUAAAACAGCCCAUCCUCUGCAAGUCCAUCUAUGUUGUUCUUAAGCAUUCUAUCUUUGCUCAAAUUGUUGAAGGAUGGUGAUUUGUUUCAUGGUUUUUGUAUUUGAGUCUAAUGCACGUUCUAACAUGAUAGAGGCAAUGCAUUAUUGUGUAGCCACGGUUUUCUGGAAAAGUUGAUAUUUUAGGAAUUGUAUUUCAGAUCUUAAAUAAAAUUUGUUUCUAAAUUUCAAAGCAA